GUUUACAAUUAUUAUAAUUCUUGAGGAAUUCUUAAUGCUAGCUAGCUGGUUGUUAUGAGUUGUUUGUUAAUCAUAAAAGUGUUAAUUGUAUGAUUUUCUGUCCAAUAUUGUAUACUUUACGAGUAUACAUGUUUGUUAUCUAAAUGAUUAUUUACUUGAACAAUCUCGAAGAACUUCAUUUAAAAAUAAUUACCUGACAUUUUAAUUUAAAAAAACACAGAGCACAGUAAAAUAAUUCCUGUUCUAAUUUUCCACACAGCCAACUCCAAAAUGUCUUAGCAAAGUGUCAAAAAAAAAGUAUAGAGAGUAGUUUGUGAGUGAGUGUGACCACUAUGGGUCAAAAUGGCGGCAUGGACUUCGGCGCCAUGCUGCAAGGCGCGGGAAAGCAGCUACUCAACCAAGGAGGCCAAGCGCUAAUGCAAUAUGGCGCCCAGGCCUUGGGAAACAUCAUCAAUGAGGUGUUCCAAAAGAAGGAGGUAGAACAGAAGAGGUUUCUACCGAGCAUUAAGAACUAUAAAGUGCUCGGUGAGACCCGUCCAUCAAACUUUGGUCCGUCUACGUAUCAAGACUUCAAGGAGAUCAGGGCUCGUUGCUACUCCGAAGGCAGGCUGUUCGAGGAUCCUGAGUUCCCAGCCAAUGACCGCAGUCUUUACUAUAAGGAGAGACUCGAUAGACCAAUCACAUGGCUACGUCCUAAGGAGAUUUGCGAUGACCCGCAACUGUUCGUGGAGGGCUACAGUCGUUUCGACGUCCAGCAGGGAGAGCUCGGCGACUGCUGGCUGCUGGCCGCCGUCGCCAACCUCACGCUGCAUAGAAAAUUGUACUUCCAAGUAGUGCCAGAUGACCAGAGCUUCGAUGAGGAGUAUGCUGGAGUCUUCCAUUUCCGUUUCUGGCAGUACGGUCGUUGGGUGGACGUGGUGAUAGACGACCGGCUCCCGACGUACCGAGGCAAGCUCGUCUUCCUUCACUCCUCCGAGCAAAAUGAGUUUUGGAGUGCACUGCUUGAGAAGGCAUAUGCCAAAUUGCACGGUUCCUACGAAGCUCUAAAGGGUGGUUCGACAUGCGAGGCCAUGGAGGACUUCACCGGAGGAGUGACGGAGAUGUACGAUAUAGCGGAGUUACCUCCCAACUUCUACACUAUACUGCUCAAAGCGUACGAGAGGAACUCUCUCAGCGGAUGCAGUAUUGAGCCGGACCCGAACAUCUUGGAGGCGGAGACCCCGGCGGGUCUGAUCCGUGGCCACGCGUACUCCAUAACGAAGGUGAAGUAUGUGGACAUCGAGACCCCCGGCCGCAGCGGGAAGAUACCUCUGCUGCGACUGCGGAACCCGUGGGGGAAUGAGGCCGAGUGGAAUGGACCUUGGAGCGAUAAGUCACCAGAAUGGCGAUUCAUACCGGAAUCUGAGAAGGAGGAGAUGGGACUCACGUUCGAUGAUGACGGAGAGUUCUGGAUGUCCUUCAAGGACUUCGUUAACCAUUUCUCAAGGGUGGAGAUCUGUAACUUGAACCCUGACUCCUUGGACCCCGAGGAAUGUCCCGAAGGAUGCACCAAGAAGUGGGAGAUGUCCGUCUUCGAGGGAGAGUGGGUUCGAGGUGUAACGGCGGGAGGAUGCAGGAACUACCUGGAGACGUUCUGGAAGAACCCGCAGUACACCGUCACUCUACACGACGUCGACGAGGGAGACGAGGAGAACAAGUGCACUAUCAUCGUGGCUCUGAUGCAGAAGAACCGUCGUUCCCAGCGGCACCAGGGCCUGGAGUGCCUGACGAUCGGGUUCGCGGUGUAUCGCCUGCCCGACUACGGGCACGUGCCCAAACCACUCGACGUCAACUUCUUCAAGUACAACGCGUCCGUCGGACGCAGCCAGGCCUUCAUCAAUCUACGAGAAGUUAGCGCUAGGUUCAAGUUGGACCCAGGCAGCUACGUGAUAGUUCCGUCCACCUUCGAUCCUGAUGAGGAAGGAGAAUUCCUGCUUCGAGUCUUCUCUGAGAAGUCCAACAACAUGGCAGAAAACGACGAGGACAUCGGUAUGGGAGAUGUCGAUGAUCGGGUGAAGGAGAUAGCCCCGAACCCCGAGCCCGCAGACCCAGUACGCGAGCUGUUCACGAAGCUGGCCGGCGCCGACGGCGAGGUGGACUGGCAGGAACUCAAGGAGAUACUCGACUACGCCAUGCGGGAAGAGCUAGCGAUGAGGCAAGGCGGAGCUUACGACGGCGGCGGAGGGGGAGUACACUACUCCCCCCCGGGGGGAGGGGGAGGGGGGAACGAGCCAAGCUGUCUGGAACAACUACUCUGUGCCCUCUGCACUCCCAUCUGCAAGGAAAUUGGAGUCGACCUGCAGCAAAUGCAGCAACAGAACCAAAAUCAAGAACAGGUGCAUCUUACUCAACCACAGCCGCAAACAGAGCUGAAGGGCCAAGGGUUCUCAAAGGACGUGUGUCGCAGUAUGGUCGCUAUGUUGGACAAGGACGGCUCUGGUGGACUCGGCUUUGAUGAGUUCAAGACUUUGUGGAUUGAUCUACGUAAUUGGCGGGCGGUGUUCCGUCUGUACGACACGGAGGGCCGCGGCGCGCUGCCCCCGCAGCACCUGCGCGACGCGCUGCACUCCGCCGGGUACACCGUCAACGCACACGUACUCAACGUACUCGCGCACAGAUACAGCUCACAAGACGGAUACAUUCAGUUCGACGAUUUUAUAAUGUGCUCCGUGCGAUUGAAGACUAUGAUCGAUACGUUCAAGGGGAGAUCUUCAGGCGGUGAAUACGCCACAUUCUCCCUCGAAGAAUGGCUAAAUCGCACAGUCUACGCAUAAAACGUCGAAAUUAUGCCUUAUUGUCAUUAGAAACAAGGCCUACAAUCGCAAAAUGUACAUUGAAAUAUUUAAAAACUUAUUUCCUCCAUUAAAUUUUGUAUCAAGUACCUUUUGCUAGUGUACGUGAGAUUUUAUGUCUAAGUCACAAAUAUUUAAUAUUAAAAUUAAGGUAUAAUAAUUAUGGUGACUUAAUCCUCUUAUACGGGUAUAAUUAAACCUAACUAAAAUACAUAUUUUUAUAUUCGCCUAUAAUCAAAAUAGUUUUAUGAAUAAACAGUAUUUUUGUUAUCCACCGAUUGUCCAUUCCAAUGUGCUAGAGCGUUUUGUCUAUGGUUCAUCUAUGGUCAAGACGUACCGUGUUUAGUUCUGUGCGAUUAGCUAGGAAAGCUUUUUACGUGAAAAUUAAUAUAUAAUUAUAUAUAUGUUGUAAUGUAAACAUACUACAUGUUGCACUCAGUUGCAUUCACAAUGCAUUUUUAUAUUCGCAAAACAUUUAUUUAUUUUGACAUAUUUUUUGUUAUAAAGAUCUGAAAUAAAACAUUUAUUCGUAAAGUAUU